AUCACAAACAACAUAAAGAAAUCAAAGUUGUACAAUAAAGAGUAACUCGAUUACAAGAUUUUGGAGAUAUUACAAUUUCAAAAUCAAUUUAUCUUAGACUACAAAACCCCAUGUAUAACAAUUGAAAGUCUAUUUUAUCGAAUCAGAAAUCUUUCAAUUGGAUUUCUUAGAAGAAAUAGAAAAAAGCCUCAAAUCCUCUUACUAAACCCUAAUCUUUAUUGGGGCUCUCACUCUCUCUAAAUCACCUUGAAGAAUAGAUGAAUAUCACAACAUAUGAUAAUACUAACUAUGCGAAAUAAGAAACAUUACAACAAAAACAAUAGCUUCUGAUCUCUCGCUCGACCUAGUCAAGCGAUACACGUAAGGGUCAAGAAACCAUCGAGUGGGUCGACAGAACACGCAUCAUAGCAUUCUGUUUUCAAUGCAUCCAAAACUCUUAUACUUCAACUUCAUAGCUCAUAUAUACUCACUUAUACAUUAACACACGGGCCAUAUAUCACAAUAUAUCAUCGAGAGAUUAUGAGUCAACUUGUUGGCAUGGUUUAUUCAACAUCGAUGAAAAAAAGAUGAUUUGUGUACUUUAUAAGUCAUUGAAGCCUUUCUUUCCAUUGCCAUAUAGUUUUAAAAUAGUAUCUCUUUGUAUUAUGACAUGUAUGCACCUCGUAUUUCCCCAAUUAUAUACUAGUAUUGACAAUAAGUCGAGGUUAAUUUAACAUAACUCCAACAUGUUGAGUGUCAACUGAAUGGUGGAUUCACUUCAACGGACACGAACAACCACCACUAAUACCAAAGUACACUUUCAACAACUCAACAAUGGGAUUAUGAGAAAAAACUACAAGAAAAUGCAAAGGGUCAAUUACAUACCAUUUGAUAUAUCCCUUCAUAAUUCACAAGGGGCCAAUUACUAUUAUAAACAAUAUGAUUACUCUCUCUUAAUUACUCCAUAACUCCAUAAAUCAUAAUCCACUCAAAUCCAAUCAUAUUUCACUAACCAUAAUAAUGGGGCAAGAUUCAAAUAUGUCUUCUAUAUAUUGUCAUUAACUUUAUCAAUUCUAUGUGUAUCUCCCCCACUUCAAAGUUGAAUGCCUUCUCAUCACUUUAUAAAACACCUUUUCUCCUAUAUAUAUAUACACAUAUUUUCCUCCAUUAUAACAUAAAUCUAACUCUAAAUCUACAAAUUAUACAAAGAAAAAAAACCCCUCAAAUAAUUCAUGGCAAAUGGUGAUAAUUUUGAUAACUACUUAUCAUCUUCUUCACUUACAUGUGAGCUUAAAAUCAUAGGAGCCAAGAACAUAAAAACCAAACACAAAGGGAAUCUCUUUAUUAGAUGUUACCUUUCAGAAGGAAGCAACAACAAUAAUAGAAUUCAAGUAAACACAAAAGAGAUAGUUUCAUCCCAAAAAGAUGAUUAUAUCUUUUGGGAUGAUUCAUUUUCACUUGAAUGUAAGGGAACACAAGAUUCAAUCCAAAAUCUCAAAGAACAGAGUGUGUUUUUUGAGCUAAGAUGGAGAAAUACAAAGGCUUUUUUAGGGAAGAUUGGAGGGUCUCAAGUUGUUGCAACAGCUGAAACUCCAUGGAAACAUGUUCUUGAUGCACCAAAAAUGGAGUUUCAGAAGUGGGUCCCAAUGAAUGUUAAUGAAGAUGGGAAAUUGCUUAAGUUUGAAGAAGGGGUUAAACCUCCUUGUUUGCAGAUUGUAAUGAAAGUGGAAGCUUCUAGAGUGGAAACAAUGGAGGAAAUGAGGAGGAGGAGAAGGAGAGAAAGAAGAAGAGAAUGGGAUGAUGAGUGUGGAUGUGGGUGUAGAUCAAAUGGGUGUUGUUCUUCUUGUGCUGAUAAUGAGUUACUUUUUAUUGGUGCUACUUUUGAUGAUUUUUAGCUCUUAGAUUC